AGAUCCUCACUUGUGUCUUGUGAGAUUUCAGUGAAGUCCCAUGAGCUCACAGUAAUGCAAAGGGUAAACUUAGCACUGAGGAAUCUGAUUGGCUGAUGUGAUUUUUCUUUUUUUACCAUGCAGAUGUCAAUAAAAAGAAUUGCUCUGAAUAACAAAUAAUUUCUCUGAUGGACUGAAGACAUUUUGAGAAUUUCAGGAUGAGCUUACAAGAAUUUUAUCAAAAGACCAAGGAAUCGCUUUUAAUUGAGAUUCGCAGGUCGCAUGUCCUGACCUUGCAUACAAUCAAAAAAUCAGCUGAUUCGAUCAUAAAAAGGCCAUACUACAGAUAUCUCCAAAAGGUGCAAACCGGCACUUAUGAUGACAUGUUUUCACAUUUUAAAUCAUUUGAAAGAGCAAAUGAAAUGGUAGACCAUGAAAAUGGAAAAAUUAAAGAACACGGAAAAGGUGCAUUUUCAGAUUUUAAAACUCACAAUGCAAACAGUGAAAAUUGUGAUGUUGAAGAAUUCAAAGCUUCAGAAAAAAUAAAAAAACUCCAACUUUGGUCAAUACUUUCUGUAAAAGGCACAAGUACCAAGGGCUAUUCUGAAAUCUGCUACAACUAUUUAUUUCGAAAAUGUCAAGAUGGCGAACCCCACUCUUCAGGAGACUCAACGGGAAUCAAUGAAAAAUGGAAUAAACAAAACACAGGAAACGCAAAUAAAAAAUACUCAGCUGAAGAGAGUGCGGACUACAGAUCAUGCAAAGAAUUUAAGAAAAGCUCAAGCACUGAUUUGUUUCAGCAAAAAAAGACACAUGGGACAAAAUUCAAAUGGAUAUUUUUGUAUCUCCAUUUUCUACUUAGCGCCCCUUUAUCCACUUGUGGUUAUCACAGCCUGAGCUAUUACCACUCUGGAGUGUCAGAGCGCACCCCAGGUCUACCACAAUUUCUAGCAGUUGGGUAUAUGGAUGACGAACAGAUAGACAGUUACAACAGUGAUACAAGGGAGCUCAUACCUGUGACUAAGUGGAUAAAAAAUAAUACAGAUGUUUCUUAUUGGAAAAGACAAAUGACUUAUCGCAGAGGAUGGGAAGAGGUGUUCAAAGAAGAUUUGAUGAUCCUAAAUGGUCGCUUCAAUAAAACUGAAGGCCUCCACACAUUUCAGCUGAUGUAUGGCUGUGGGCUGGAUGACGAUGGAAAUACAGAGGGGCAUUACCAGUACGGUUAUGACGGUGGCAAUUUUAUUGAUCUGGAUCUGGAUAAACUGUUGUGGGUGCCUUACACACAUGAGGCUGAAAUAAGCACUCAGAGAUGGAACAGGGAACAGCAUGUCGCCAACAGAGUCCAUAGCUAUCUCAAAAAUGGAUGUAUUAAAGCUCUAAAGAACUAUAUCAGUCUUGCUGGGGAAAAGAGGAAAGUUGUCCCUCAAGUGAAGGUUUCCAGUCACCAAUCAGACACUGUGACAAAGCUUCACUGCCGGGUGCAUGGGUUUUACCCUAAAGCUGUGGAUAUCAAGUGGGUGAAGAACGGAGAAAUUGAAUUAAUUCCAGAGGAAGCAGCACAGGUCCUCCCCAACCCUGAUGGGACCUAUCAGCUCAGGGUCACUGUGGAGGUGAUACCUAAGGAUGGGGACAGUUUCUCCUGUCAUGUGGAUCACAGCAGCCUGAAGGAGCCACUUACUGUGCUUUGGGAACCCAAGAGAGAUUUCCAAACCCAUCUGUACAUCAUUAUUGCUGUUGGUUUAUUGAUGAUUGCUUGUGCUGGUUCUAUAUUAUACAUUUUACACAGGAACAAAAAUAUUCUCUAUACUGGCAAAGAAUGGUCUCCUUAUAAAAGAAAAAAAAGAAAUCUUUAUACCAGCAAAAAGUUGUCUCACUAUAAAAGUCCACAAACCAUACCCAGAGGUGCAGGGUGACGGAAACCUAAGUGCUUUAGUGGAAAGUCAUAUCUCUUUCCGUGCACACUGUUUAUAGUACAUACAGGAAAAUGGGAAAUCACAGAACAGCUUGAUGAUCUACUGGACAGCAGAAUUGCUGAUAGAUCUAGAUCUAUUAUUAUCUAGAGGAAAUGAUUAUGAGUGAAUGGAAUUUUUUAAAUCAGAAUUAAAAAAUAUAUAUAUAUAUAUUUUUUUUACUGCUUGUCAACGUUAUAGCAUUUGAGUGUUAAUUCUGCACCAUCAACUGUGAUAUUAUAAAUUAAAGGGGCAAUAAAGUCAAAAUUAAACUUU